GAGCGGCCGCCAAACAAAGGUACCAGUCGCCGCCGCGGGAGGAGGAGGAGUCGGAGCCUCAGUCAGAGUCUCUGCCUCUGCAGACGCUGGACCCGCCGCCCGUCUUCCCCCCGCAUCUCUCCAGGGCCUCCUGCUUCGGGGGCGCGGGGGGCGAGGAGCGAAGGGGAUUCUGGACGUGCCAGGGUCAGAUCUCGCCUCUUAAGAGAAAGGUGCAGGUGAAUCUGGUGUGUUUGGGGAGGGGAGCUCGGCCCCGAAAUCAGAAUGAAGGCCCUUGAUGAGCCUCCCUAUUUGACAGUGGGAACUGAUGUGAGUGCUAAAUACAGAGGAGCUUUCUGUGAAGCCAAAAUCAAGACAGCAAAAAGACUUGUCAAAGUCAAGGUAACAUUCAGGCAUGAUUCUUCAACAGUGGAAGUUCAGGAUGACCACAUAAAAGGUCCACUAAAGGUAGGUGCUAUUGUGGAAGUGAAGAAUCUUGAUGGUGUAUAUCAAGAAGCUGUCAUCAACAAAUUAACAGAUGCAAGCUGGUAUACUGUAGUUUUUGAUGAUGGAGAUGAGAAGACGCUUAGACGGUCUUCCCUGUGCCUGAAAGGAGAGAGACAUUUUGCUGAAAGUGAAACAUUAGACCAGCUCCCCCUCACCAACCCUGAACACUUUGGCACUCCAGUAAUAGGAAAGAAAACAAAUAGAGGAAGAAGAUCUAAUCAUAUACCAGAGGAAGAGUCUUCUUCAUCCUCCAGUGAUGAAGAUGAAGAUGACAGGAAACAAAUUGAUGAGCUACUAGGAAAAGUUGUUUGUGUGGAUUAUAUUAGUUUGGAUAAAAAGAAAACUCUGUCGUUUCCUGCAUUGGUGGUGUGCCCUGAUUGUAGUGAUGAGAUUGCUGUAAAGAAAGACAAUAUUCUUGUUCGCUCAUUCAAAGAUGGCAAAUUCACUUCAGUACCAAGAAAAGAUGUCCGUGAAAUUACUAGUGAUGCUGUGCCAAAGUCUGAUGCUGUAUUAAAACAAGCUUUUGAUCAGGCGCUUGAGUUUCACCAAAGUAGAACUAUACCUGCUCACUGGAAGACUGAAUUGAAAGAAGAUAGUUCUAGCAGUGAAGCAGAGGAGGAAGAAGAGGAGGAAGAUGAUGAAAAAGAAAAGGAAGAUAAUAGCAGCGAAGAAGAAGAUGAAAUAGAACCAUUUCCAGAAGAAAGAGAGAACUUUCUUCAACAGUUGUACAAAUUUAUGGAAGAUCGAGGCACACCUAUUAACAAAAGACCUGUUCUUGGGUAUCGCAAUUUGAAUCUCUUUAAAUUAUUCAGACUUGUACACAAACUUGGAGGAUUUGAUAAUAUUGAAAGUGGAGCUGUCUGGAAACAAGUCUACCAAGAUCUUGGAAUCCCUGUCUUAAAUUCAGCUGCAGGAUACAAUGUUAAAUGUGCUUAUAAAAAGUACUUAUAUGGUUUUGAAGAGUAUUGUAGGUCAGCCAAUAUUGAGUUUCAGAUGGCAUUGCCUGAGAAAGUUAUUAACAAGCCAUACAAGGAGUGUGAAAAUGUAAAAGAAAUAAAAAUUAAGGAAGAAAAUGAAUCAGAUAUCAAAGAAAUAAAGAUUGAAGAAGAGGGAAAUAGAACACUGAAAGAAGAAGAAAAAACUGUGGAGGAUGACACAGAAAGAAAAGAAAAUAUCAAACCUCUGGGAAGUAAAAAGAAUUUAUUAGAAUCUGUAUCUGCCCAGUCUGAUCAGGAAAAAGAAGUUAACAUGAAAAAAUCCGGAGAAAAUGAAAAUUUGGAAGAUCAAGAUGAUGAAAUAAGUAGGGUAGAUGAUUCCAUGAACAUAAAGGUAGAAGCUGAUGAAGAAAAAGCAAAAUCUGGAGAUGAAACGAAUAAAGAGGAAGAGGAAGAUGAUGAAGAAGUAGAAGAGGAGGAGGAGGAUGAAGAGGAUGAAGAUGAUAUUGACAACAAUGAGGAAGAGGCAUUUGAAUGCUAUCCACCAGGCAUGAAAGUCCAAGUGCGGUAUGGACGAGGGAAAAAUCAAAAAAUGUAUGAAGCUAGUAUUAAAGAUUCUGAUGUCGAAGGUGGAGAGGUCCUUUACUUGGUGCAUUACUGCGGAUGGAAUGUGAGAUACGAUGAAUGGAUUAAAGCAGAUAAAAUAGUGAGACCUGCAGAUAAAAAUGUACCAAAAAUAAAACACCGGAAGAAAAUAAAGAAUAAAUUAGACAAAGAUGAAAAAUACUCUCCCAAAAACUGUAAACUUCGGCGUUUGUCAAAACCACCAUUUCAGACAAAUCCAUCACCUGAAAUGGUAUCCAAACUGGAUCUUGCUGAUGCCAAAAUCUCUGAUACAGCUCAUAUUAAAUCCAUAGAAAUUACUUCUAUCCUUAAUGGACUUCAAGCUUCUGAGAGUUCUGCUGAAGACAGUGAGCAGGAAGAUGAGACAAGUGCUCAAGACUUAGAUAAUAGUAAAGAAGAAUCUAAGACUGAUCAGUUAACCCACAACAGAAAUGAUCUUAUUUCAAAAGAGGAACAGAACAGUUCUUUGCUUGAAGAAAAUAAAUUCCAGGUAGAAUUGGUAAUUCCUAAAUCUGUUUCAAAGUCUCCAGAAAGGUUAAGAAAAGAUAUGGAAGGAUUAUCUGAAGAUACAGAUUUUGAAGAAGAGGAUGAAGUCACAAAAAAGAGAAAAGAUGUCAAGAAGGACAGCACAGAUAAAGCUUCAAAACCACAGGUGAAACGCGGUAAAAGGAGGUAUUGCAAUACAGAGGAAUGUUUGAAAACUGGAUCACCUGGCAAAAAGGAAGAGAGGCUCAAAAACAAAGAAUCACUUUGCAUAGAAAACAGUAGCAAUAGCUCCUCAGAUGAAGAAGAAGAAAAAUCAAAAGCAAAGAUGACACCAACGAAGAAGUACAAUGGGUUGGAGGAAAAAAGAAAAUCUCUAAGGUCAACUGGUUUCUAUUCAGGAUUUUCAGAAGUGGCAGAAAAACGGAUAAAACUUUUAAACAACUCUGAUGAAAGACUUCAAAACAGCAGAGCUAAAGAUCGAAAAGAUGUCUGGUCAAGUAUACAAGGACAGUGGCCUAAAAAAACAUUAAAGGAACUUUUUUCUGACUCUGAUACUGAGGCUGCGGCUUCACCCCCACACCCUUCCCCAGAGGAGGCAGUAGCAGAAGAGUCAUUGCAGACUGUAGCAGAAGAAGAGAGUUGUCCACCCACUGAAGAGCUAGAAACACCCCUCCCUGUAAGUGUCGGUAUUAAAUCCCUUGAGGAUAAAACAGUGGAAGUCAAUGACAAAAAGGCAGAGUUUCCAAGUAGUGGCAGUAAUUCAGUGCUCAAUACCCCACCUACCACACCAGAAUCGCCUUCAUCAGUCACUGUAACUGAAGCCAGUCGGCAACAGUCUUCUUUAACAGUAUCAGAAACAUUGGCUCCAAACCAAGAAGAAGUUCGAAGUAUCAAGAGUGAAACUGACAGCACAAUUGAGGUGGAUAGUGUUACAGGGGAGCUCCAAGACCUCCAGUCUGAAGGGAAUAGCUCCCCAACAGGCUUUGAUGCAAGUGUGAGCUCCAGCAGUAGUAAUCAGCCAGAACCAGAACAUCCUGAAAAAGUCUGUACAGGUCAGAAAAGAGUGAAAGACGCUCAGAGUGGAGGAAAUUCAUCAAAAAAGCAGAAAAGAAGCCAUAAAGCUUCAGUAGUAAACAACAAAAAGAAGGGAAAAGGCACAAACAGUAGUGAUAGUGAAGAGCUCUCCGCUGGUGAAAGUGCAACUAAAACUCAGUCAAUCAAAUCAGUCUCCACUGGAAUGAAAUCUCAUAGCACCAAAUCUCCGGCAAGGACUCAAUCUCCGGGAAAAUGUGGAAAGAAUGGUGAUAAGGAUCCUGAUUUAAGGGAACCAAGUAAUAGAUUACCGAAAGUUUACAAGUGGAGUUUUCAGAUGUCGGAUCUGGAAAAUAUGACAAGUGCUGAGCGCAUCACUAUUCUUCAAGAAAAACUACAGGAAAUUAGAAAGCAUUAUCUUUCAUUAAAAUCUGAAGUAGCUUCCAUUGAUCGCAGGAGAAAACGUUUAAAGAAGAAAGAAAGAGAAAGUGCUGCUACAUCCUCAUCCUCAUCUUCGCCUUCAUCCAGUUCCAUAACAGCUGCUGUUAUGUUAACUUUAGCUGAACCGUCAAUGUCCAGUGCAUCACAAAAUGGAAUGUCAGUUGAGUGCAGGUGACAGCAGGACUUGCCAAUGCACUUUGCACUUAAUGGCUGUUGAGGGCCACGUCUUUUUUAUACUGCACAGUGGCACACACACACACACAAAAUCAGACAAGCACUAUUUUAUAUUUAAAAUUGUUUCUUGACAUGCUGACUUGGCACUUAAGUGCACUUUUUUUAUGAAGAAAAAGUACAAUGAACUGCUUUUCCUCAGCAAUAAUUGUUUCCAACUUGUCUGGGAAUUGUAUGUCUGGUAACUUGAAGGCCUUCCACUGUGGCAAAUGGAGGCUUUUCACUGCCUGUAGAGAAAAUACAGUAAGCAUAGUUAUUGGGUGGGCCAGAACAUGGUAAGAUAACUUACUGUAUAUGUAUUCCCAUGUAUUUUGUUAAAGCUGGAACAUUUGAUAUUUUUCCAUUUAUUUAUGAAAAAAAAUAUGAACCUAUUUUCAUUUGUACAAGUGAAUUGUUUUUUAAAGCAAGUCACCCUAAAGUGGCUUUAAUUGUAUAAGUCAAGCACAUCUGAUAAAUUCUAAACCUGCAGUUAACAGGAUAUCAGACAUCAAUCCUGGUAACCAAAUAUUUAAGAUUCUCUUUUUAAAAGAUUGAACAUGUUUACAGGUUUGAAUUAGGCUAAAUGGUCUUGCAGUGGCUUUACAUGCCCCUUCAAAUUGGAAUGGAACUACUGUACUUUGCCACUUUUCUAUGAAUCAGUAUUUUUUUUUAAUUUUGAUAUAAUACAUUGUGUGGGGAAAAAAGAAAAUGGCAAACUGUAUUAAAUCUUAAGCAAUGUAUAAAGAUUAUACUUAGCCAGUUCAAAGUGUAUAUUUAUUCAUAAUGAAUUAUAACAGUUAUAUUUUUGUGUUUCCUUGUAAAUGUUUCUUUUUCUUUAAAUGCAGAUAAUUCAUUUGUAUUGAUUAUUUUAUUAUGAUCUCUACAAUGAGAGGACGUCAGGAACAAGUAUGGUUCAAGGUUGUUGAUAAAGAACUAUCUCAAAAAGAUACUUUUUAUUUUAAAUAUAAAUAGUUAAUCUGGAUUGGUAGACCUCAAAAAUUAAAAGCUUUGUAUAAAAUUCAAAAUGAACAUAAAAUUGCUUUCACUUGUAUUGACUUUAUGUUGUAUGGUUCCAAUCUCUGUUCUGUUGGCACUUGUAUUUAAUUCUACACCUUUGUAAGACAUUUGUAUAUUGCGGAUGUGUUCAUUCAAGCUAUUUAAUACCUGGCACUGUUAAUACACAGUACUUUAUUGUACAGACUGUUUUACUGUUUUAAUUGUAAUUCUGUGUACUUUUUUGGAUGGGGCUGGCAUGUUUUUGUUAGUUUUGUUUUUGUUUUUUUUUCCUGGCAAUACAAUGUGAGAAUUUCAAAACGUUUUGUUGUAGAUGCUGAUGUGUCAGAAUACUUUACAUUCAACUUUUCUAGGUAAAGCAUUUUCAGUCUUGUAAUGUGUGCUUACAGUAACUAAUUUUGUUGAAAAUGGUUUCAAGUUGCUCAAAUUUGUACAGGACUGUAAAGAUUUGUUGACAACAAAACAUUGAAGAAAAGGCUUAUAGAAUAAAAGCUAUAAAGUAUAUAUUAGAAUCUGCAAUCAAUGGAGAAUUAUGUAAUAUAUUGUACAAAUGUAAGCAAAGGCGCUGAAAUAAAAUGCCAUAGUUUGUGAAUCUUUGA